GGUGGAAGGGCGGUCGUGGUUAUGGUCGUUUUUACACGGGGUCGUGUGCCCCUCCCUGCCUCCUUACCUCUUCACUACCCGGACCCCCCCGAGUAUUGGGCCGAGACCUUUGCUCGGGGUGUGGUUAGGGCUUUCUGCGGGCGGGCACAGUGACUCCGGAACUGUGGAGUCCUGGGGAGGGGGAGGGAGAAGGGCGUUUGGCACGCGCGGCUCACCCCACCGCUGUCUCCGCCGCCGCCAUUUUGUGGCUGCCGGCGUCCGCCCGCCGCCGUCUGGGCAGGCGCGGCGGUGGCGUCGCGAGAUUCCGGCUUCCACCCGCUGUGACGCUCCUGGGAGGCGGCGACGUGCGCGCGGCCCGUCGCCAUUGGGCUGGCCUUGCGGAGGGCGGGGUCGGCUCCGCCCGCACUUCUCGGCCUUUCCUAACUGCGGCAGAUGGGAGGGGGCCAGAAGAGCCGGGGAGAGAGUGCGGCUGCGCAGUUCCAGAGGCGGCAGUGGGCGUUGCGGUUGCUGCGGUCUGGGCCCAGGGAAGGAUCGUGUUGGGAGCCGAGUUUUAAUUUUGUCUGCAAGGGACCUGGCCUAAUAAGAGGCAACUCUUGGCAAUCUUGUUUAUAACAUCACCGGGAAAUACUAGCCGGACACCAUGAGUGGUUGUCGAGUAUUCAUCGGGAGGCUAAAUCCAGCGGCCAGGGAAAAAGACGUGGAAAGAUUCUUCAAGGGGUAUGGACGAAUAAGAGAUAUUGAUCUGAAAAGAGGUUUUGGUUUUGUGGAAUUUGAGGAUCCCAGGGACGCAGAUGAUGCUGUAUAUGAACUCGAUGGAAAAGAACUGUGCAGUGAAAGGGUUACUAUUGAACAUGCUAGGGCUCGGUCUCGAGGUGGACGAGGUAGAGGACGCUAUUCUGACCGUUUUAGUAGUCGCAGACCUCGAAAUGAUAGACGAAAUGCUCCACCUGUAAGAACAGAAAAUCGGCUUAUAGUUGAGAAUUUAUCUUCAAGAGUCAGCUGGCAGGAUCUCAAAGAUUUCAUGAGACAAGCUGGGGAAGUAACCUUUGCGGAUGCACAUCGACCUAAAUUAAAUGAAGGGGUGGUUGAGUUUGCCUCUUAUGGUGAUUUAAAGAAUGCUAUUGAAAAACUUUCUGGAAAGGAAAUAAAUGGGAGAAAAAUCAAAUUAAUCGAAGGCAGCAAAAGGCACAGUAGGUCACGAAGCAGGUCUCGUUCCAGGACCAGGAGUUCCUCUAGGUCUCGUAGCCGGUCUCGUUCCCGGAGUCGCAAGUCUUACAGCCGGUCUAGGAGCAGGAGCAGGAGCCGGAGCAAAUCCCGUUCUGUUAGUAGGUCUCCUGUGCCUGAGAAGAGCCAGAAACGUGGUUCUUCAAGUAGAUCUAAGUCUCCAGCAUCUGUGGAUCGCCAGAGGUCCAGGUCCCGAUCCCGGUCAAGGUCCAGAUCAGUUGACAGUGGCAAUUAAACUGUAAAUAACUUGCCCUGGGGGCCUUUUUUUAAAAAACAAAUUCCCAAACCAUACUUGCUAAAAAUUCUGGUAAGUAUGUGCUUUUCUGUGGGGGGGUGGGGUUUGGAGGGGGGUUUGGGUUGGGCUGGAUAUCUUUGUAGAUGUGGACCACCAAGGGGUUGUUGAAAACUAAUUGUAUUAAAUGUCUUUUGAUAAGCCUUCCGCUCACAUUUUUGUGAAUGUCUGAAGUGUAUAGUUUGUGUAUAUUGAGAGAGCUCUUUUAUAACUAAAGCAAAUUUAAUUUUUUUGUACUAGAAAAGAUUUGAACAUUUUAGUUCUUGGUUAUUCAAAUAUGUUAAUUCAGAAUUAGUUUAAUGCCUCAAUUAAACUAAUUAAUAGCUUUGGACAUUUAAAAGAGCUCUAAAUUUGCUUGUACAUAAAGGCUUGCGUUUUCCUUGUUAGGGUCAAGGGUGUCCUCCCACCCACCCUUUAACAGCUGCCUGACAAAGACAGUUAAAGCAGCUGUUGUUAUUGAUAAUAAAAGAUUAUAAAACUGC